AUGUCUUCUGCUUGGGGUCCAAUGCAGGGACCAUAUGGAGCAAACUUGGAGCCCCAUGAGGUUGCCUAUUACCUGGAAGAAGUUCUGGAUUCAGAAUUCAAUACCAUCAUGGAGGAUGGAUCAGUAGAUGUAGUGAGCAAAGACCUUGUGGCAGCUUUCACUGCCUUAUCAAGAAAGGAUUUUGCACAGCUCCAUGCUAUCUUGCCUAAGCCCAUCCUAAGUUCAUCCAAUGGAAAUAUGCCAACUCUUCAAUCCCAGAGCCCAUCUUCGCGAGCAUUGGAGGAAGUGAUGGAGGUGGAUGAUGCUCAGUUGCACGUGGCAUCAACAUCACAGGAUGAUGGCUGGACUGUUGUAAAAAGUAAAAAAAGAAACAGCUGAUUUUCUCUUCAUGAUUUGUUCAGAUGUGAUGUUUUUAUUAAUUAAAGUCAUUAAUCCAGAAAGUGUA